GAAUAGAGAGAGAAAUGGAAGUUGGAUUGCCAAUGAAAGGAUUUUGAGUGUUGAGAUUGCGUUUUCAGGCUGUUCGGAAUCUGAAAUUCGCUGGAUUUGUAGGUGACGUCGUCGCGAGAAAAGCUUGAGAGAAUGAUACGAGCAGUGAUAGUGAUGAAUGAUCAAGGCAAGCCUCGUCUGGUCAAAUUCUACGAUUAUCAGCCUGUAGAGAAGCAACAGGAAGUGAUUCGGAGUAUCUAUGCAGUUCUGUCCAGCAGGGCUGAGAAUGUCAGCAAUUUCAUCCGCGCCGAUCCUGUUUUUGGACCAGAUGCUAUGCUUGUCUACAAGACCUUUGCAACACUGUACUUUGUCUUUGUAUUUGACACCUACGAAAAUGAGCUAGCGAUGCUAGAUCUUAUGCAAGUUUUUGUGGAGAGUCUGGACAAGUGUUUUAGUAAUGUAUGUGAGCUCGACAUCGUGUUCAAUUUUAACAAGGUGCAUGCUAUUCUAGAUGAAAUUGUGUUGGGAGGUCAAGUUUUGGAGACAGAUUCUUCCGAUGUAGUGAAGGCUGUACAAGAAAUAACUAGGUUGGAGAAGGCUGCAAAUUCAAUAUCACUAGUUCCAAAAUCAAUUCAUGGCUGGCAGGGAAGAUAGUUCAUCCAAUUCUACCAUCUUUGAUCAUAAUCUUUUACUAGAAUUUCUUGUUCCUCUUGAAUGAUAAUCAAUGAUGGUUUUGAUUUGACAACAUAUUUGUAAAGAAUCCUUUUUUUGGUUUGAAAUAUGUGUUUUAGUUAUGAUUGUCAGUUUCAAUAAUUACUGAUUAAUUCAUGUCUUUAAGGUUUUGGUGAUGAAUUGUAAGAAAAGAUAAUAUAUAUAAUUAUGGAUCAAAUGAUGCUUAAUAUUCUAAUAUUUAGGAUGCA